AUGUCAGUAGUUACGAUUCAAGUAGGACAGUGUGGUAAUCAAGUUGGCUAUGAUUGGUAUACUAGAUUGGGUAGAGAGGUAUGUUCUGAAGCUCUUGAAAAACACAUGCAUAAAAAACAUUCAUACAUAAGAGAGUCUUUUGAAAGAUGGUUUAACAGUGUUGAUGAUGAACAACGGAUCUUUGCACGUGCUGUUCUUAUUGACACUGAGCAGAAAGUGAUUAAUAGUGUUUUUAAAAAAGCUUCAAGACAAAUGUGGCAAUAUAACCCUGCAAGUGUGGUGUGUCGCAAGGAUGGAGGUUCUGGGAAUAAUUGGGCUUUAGGUUUCUGUGAAAGAGGACCAGAAAUGCAAGAGGCCGUCCUAAACUCUGUCAGAAAAGAGGUGGAAGCUUGUGAUAGAUUGUGCACUUUCCAUAACUUACUUAGUUGUGCUGGUGGAACUGGUUCAGGAUUGGGAAGUCGCAUCAUAGCUGAUCUUAGAGAUGAAUAUCAAUCUAAAUUUAAUAUAAAUUCUCUUGUCUUUCCAUAUAACGGUGGGGAAAUUAUUACUCAGAAUUAUAAUUUAAUAUUUACUUUGUCUGAAAUAUAUGAUGUUUCAGAUGUGAAUAUUGUUUUUCAGAAUGAUGAUUUACAUAAAACCUGUACCAAUUUGUAUGGAAAUUCAAAUGUUGAUUUACAUGAUUUAAAUUCUUUAAUAUCAGUGAAAUUAUUGUCUUGCCUACAGCCUGUGUACAGCAGGUCAAGGAAUUAUUUACCUUCUCUAAUUUCUGCCAUGUCUCCUCAUCCAUGUUAUAAACUAGUUUCAGUGAAGAGUGCCCCUCAUACAAUUCCAGAAAACCCCAUACAAGAUACAAGUGUAAGCUGGAAUGCAUUGUUAAAAUAUAUGAUGCGUUCUUUGUACUUAUACGCUCCUAAAGGAGAUGUAUAUGAUUUGAAAUCCAGAGAUACAAAAUAUACUUCUGUUUGCCCAAAGUAUUUAAAGAGUAUUGCAAAUGUUCUUAUUACUCGAGGUGGGAAAAAUAUUCCUUCUACUAAUAUGAAAGAUUUUUGUAAUAAGGAUCUUUAUCCUGAUUGGAUACCUGUUGCGUCAGGUUUUCAACAUUUCCAUCAGGAAGAAACGUUAUUGGACUAUAACAAGUUUGUAUCUUUAAUAAGUAAUAAUUCUUCUGUUUAUGAAUGUUUAAAUAUUGUUGUUGAGAAAGCUUGGACUCAAUUUGCUCAGAAAGCAUAUUUACAUCAGUUCACCAAACACGGGCUGGAAGAGAAUGACAUUGCUGAAGCUUUUGUGAAGAUUGAGAAUAUUUUAACAAACUACAAACAUUUAAGUGCAAUGUGA